AUGUUGGCUUUUAAUACCACUUCUAAUUGGCCCACUUUUUCUUUCAUUGGUAUUCCUGGCUUGGAAGCUGCACAUAUGUGGAUCUCCAUCCCCUUUUGUCUCCUGUAUCUGGUGGCCCUUGUGGGUAAUGUUCUCCUCCUCAUUCUAGUCAGAACAGAACAAAAUCUUCAUGAGCCCCAGUUCUAUUUUGUGGCCAUGUUAGCCCUUGCUGAUCUAGGCCUCUCGUUGUCUACAAUGCCUAGUGUCCUGGCUAUAUUCUGGUUUGAUGUCCACCAUAUUGGCCUGAAUGCCUGCCUGACACAAAUGUUCUUCAUUCACACCCUGUCUUCAGUGGAAUCAGGUGUCUUGGUGGCCAUGGCUUUCGACCGCUUGGUAGCUAUCUGUGCUCCACUCAACUAUAGCAGGAUCCUCACUCACUACACCGUUGCCUGUCUUAGUGGAGCUGCUCUCAUUAGAGGUGCCACUCUCCUGGCCCCUUUGCCUUUUUUCCUCAGGACUUUUCCCUUCUGUGGGGCCAAUAUCCUCUCUCAUUCUUACUGUUACUAUCCUGAUAUGUUGAACCUGGCCUGUGGGGAUGUCACUUUCAGUAGCAUCUAUGGAUUGAUCUGUGUGCUCUGUACAUUUGCUGUGGAUGCUGUCUUUAUCCUAGCUUCCUACAUGAAGAUCUUGGGCACUAUUAUGAAACUGGGGACCCAAGACAGAAACUGGAAAUCACUGCAGACCUGUGCCUGUCACCUGUGCACAGUGCUUGUGUUUUAUUUGCCCCUCAUCAGCCUUGCAGUGCUUCAUCGGUACACCCAGGAGACUUCCCCAAUCCUGUAUACCACCAUGAGCAAUGCCUACCUCCUCAUCACACCACUACUAAACCCUCUGGUCUACAGUCUUAAGUCCCGGCAGAUCCAGGCUGCUCUGCGCAAGCGAUUUGGUGUGCAACGUGUUGUUGCUGGGGAAUGA